GCGGACUUGUGUGCAGUAAUAGGAAAACUCUGGGAUAAAAAACGAACAACUGCAAACGUGAAUAACCCAGAAGAGGAAUCCAAAUUGAUAUUGGAGUUGUCAUAUCCUCCUGUCGAAUGCUAAAAGGGACAUCUGUGAAAUGAGGCCCGUUCCCCUGUGUCUUCUGCUCUCGUUGACUGCGCUGGGCAUGGCCGCGCCCGAGGAUGAGGACGAGUACACCUGGCCCCAUAGGAAGCUCCCGCUGGUGCAGAGCGAGCAGACGGUGUAUCUCCCCCGGCCUGCAUUCGCCGGCGAGCCGCAGGGGAACCUGAGGGGGGCCUGCGGCAUCGAGUGCCAGAGCGCCCUGCCUCCUCCCAGCGCUGCCGACCUGGAGAAGCUCCUGUCGUACGAGACGGUGUACGAGAACAGCACGCGCACGUUCACCCGCGUGUCCCUCCGCGGCCUGGCGGUGGAGCCACCCCGGAACGCCUCGCGCCCCAGGCGCAGGCGGGAGGUCUAUGGCACGGACAGCCGCUUCACCAUUUCCGACCGGCAGUUCUCCACCGCCUACCCUUUCUCCACCACCGUCAGGCUCUCCACGGGCUGCUCCGGGAUCCUGGUCUCGCCCAAGCACGUGCUGACGGCCGCUCACUGCGUGCACGACGGCAAGGACUACCUGAAGGGCGCGAAGAGGCUGCGCGUGGGGGUCCUGACACUCCGCUCCAAACGGGGCGGGGGCCGAGGAAAAGGGCAGAGGAAGGGAGAAGGCAGGAGGAGGGAAGGGAAGGGAGAACGGGAGGGGAAGGGAGAGGGACAGGGGAAGAGCGGCAAGCGGAAAGGGAAGAAGAGCCGUAGCCGGCGCAGCAUAGAGGCCGACAGACCCGCCUUCCGCUGGACGCGGGUGAAGCAAACCCAGGUCCCCCAGGGCUGGCUCAAGGACCCAUCGGGGAAGGCGGUGGAUUACGACUACGCCCUGCUGGAGAUGAAGCGCCCGCACAAGCAGAAGUUUAUGGACCUGGGCGUGGUCCCGUCCGUCCGCCAGCUCCCCGCCGGCCGGGUCCACUUCUCCGGCUUCGACGACGACCGGCCCGGCCAGCUGGUGUACCGCUUCUGCUCGGUGACCGAAGAGUCCGGAGACCUGCUGUACCAGCACUGCGACUCGCAGCCCGGGGCGGGCGGCUCAGGAAUCUACAUCCGCCUGAAGGAGCCUGGGAAGAGGAAGUGGAAGCGGAAAAUCGUUGCCGUCUUCUCGGGACACCACUGGGUCGACGUUAACGGGGUGCAGCAGGAUUACAAUGUGGGGGUGAGGAUCACGCCCGAGAAGUACGCCCAGAUAUGUCACUGGCUGCACAGCAACUCGGAAGAGUGCCAAUCCGCAUGA